AUGGGCUGGCUAUUAAGUCUAUCGAUUUGGUUUCGUUAUCCAGCUCCUGCAAACUAUAUCAGUACAAUUUUGUAUGCCUUGAGCGACAGACUCUGUGUGUGUGGUUCUCGCAGUUGCAGCCUUUUCCUCUUCUUCACCCAAUCACUUCCUCCGCUCCCUCCGGUGGUUUGCCUAUCCAAAACCCAAGUUCAACUACUUCACUCCACACUCCACUUUGGAAUGAGUUUCGUUGUUUGUAGUAUUCGGUUAUGAAAGUUGUGAACAAACACUGUUCUUCCUUUUCUGAGUCUGCAUUGUUAGGCUGUUGUUGAGCUUGGAUUUGCCUGAAUGAGCUCCCAUGCAUUUACUUGCAGAGCUUGCGGCUACACAGCCUGCCUUCCAAAACAGUUUGGGGAUACUCAUUUCUCAAACCUCUGUUCAUGAUAAAGUUUUAUCAAGUCCAUUCAUUUCUGGAAAUGGGAAGAGGUUAUCCUCUGCUUGGAAAUUCUUGGGUGUAACUAAGAUUCGAAAUUUUAACUGGGGGCGGCCCCAUGAGAUGCCUAGUGGCACUGGUAGACUCCUGAUUAAGGCAGUUGCCACACUUGAACCAAAGUGCACUCUCAGUAAUGAUGAUAAGCAUCGGAGCAAUACACGAUUGAGUGUAGAUAAAAGUUCUCUUACAAUUCAGACUCGAUCUUCCAGUGAGGAUUCAGAAGAUUUGGAUGAGAAAGAGAAGCUGCGACGAAUGCGAAUUUCUAAAGCUAAUAAGGGAAACACGCCAUGGAACAAAGGCAGAAAGCAUAGUCCUGAAACCCUUCAGCGGAUAAGAGAGAGAACAAGAAUUGCAAUGCAGGAUCCUAAGGUCAAAAUGAAGUUGAUUAACCUUGGACAUGCUCAAAGUGAAGAGACCAGAGUCAAGAUUGGGGUGGGAGUCCGAAUGGGUUGGGAAAGGCGACGACAGAAGCUAUUUUUGCAGGAAAUGUGCCACUUUGAAUGGCAGAACUUGAUUGCAGAAGCUUCUAGGCAAGGGUAUGAUGGUGAAGAGGAGCUAGAAUGGAAUUCCUACGAAAUUAUGAAUGAACAGCUUAAGAGGGAAUGGUCGGAGCAGGUUGAGAAACGAAAAUCAAUGCCUAGGCCUAAAGGAAGCAAGAGAGCACCCAAGUCUCCUGAGCAGAGGAGGAAAAUUUCAGAAGCAAUAUAUCGCAAAUGGGCUGAUCCUGUGUACCGCGACCGGGUUGUUUCUGCCUUGGCUCAAUAUCAUGGUAUAGAACCUGGAACUGAAAGAAAGCCAAGAAGAAAGCCAAGCGACGGUUCACAGUCUCCCAGACGAAGCCCUGCAAAGAAAAGAGCAUUUGAAGAGAACCAGCCUUUCAGGGGCGAGAUGAAAAUCCAGUCUCCUCGACCAAAGUCAAGGAAACGUAAUGCACCAUUGUAUAAAGAUCCUUUAGCAAGCUCGAAACUAAAGAUGAUUAAAAACAUUAGAGCACAGCGAGCCACUGCAGGAACCAAGAAAACUGAAGCUAUUGAACGAGCUAGAUUAUUGAUUGCUGAAGCUGAAAAGGCUGCCAAGGCCCUUGAGGUUGCAGCUACAAAAAGCCCUAUUGCUCAAGCAUCUCUCUUGGAGACUAGGAAGCUCAUAGCUGAAGCAAUUCGAUCACUGGAAUCUAUUGAAGUAGACCAAAGCUCAUCCCAGGUGAAUGGUGAGAACCCAUCUAUUGUAGGAGAUGAACUAGGCAGCCAGGUUGAGAAUGGAACAGAGGGUGUAGGCAAUGUUCCAGUAGAAGCAGAUGGAAAAAAAGUGAAUGGAACUCGAACCUUAGUAUCAAGCAAAGAAGAAGACUUGAGUUUUGGAAAUUUAAAUAUGCAUGAGAUACUGAAUGGUGAAGAGGGACAUCUUCAAUUAAACUCCAGCGCCUAUGGUUUAUCUCCGUUUAGUUAUGAGACUCUAAUGAAGCAAUCGGAUCUUAUAAAUGAAAAUGGCCAUUUGGAACCAAGCACAGACAGUGAACAGAAAGAGAAACCUCUAGUAAACGGAGCAAAAGCUGAAACUCAGGAUGAGCAAACGCCUGCGGCUGAAACUCAGGAUGAGCAAACGCCCGCGGCCAAUUCAGUUACCGUUACUAAAAGAUGGAUACGCGGGAGGCUGGUUGAAGUAGCAGAAGGUGCAUCUUAGUAUAAGAAGAUAAUUAGUUUUUAAGUGAAAAUCAUAGCAUCAUCCCAUGUAAGAUUUUUGAAAUUACUAUGUUACAUAUGUCUUGACCACAUAUGUGAACUCUAUUAAAGAGCUCUGCUGCCUUAAUGUACAAGGUUGGCUCAUGUUGAGCUUGAAUUUAUGUCGAUUUAUGUAACUACUCUCAUUACCAUAAUUAGAGUUCCUUUCUGCUCUCUUA